CGGACCAUGAGCCCAGCGCCCGGGAUGAGCUGGUGCAGGACAGCGCGGGAGCCCGGGGUUCCUGCUGUGCUGCUCCCUGCCAUCGCACCUAACCCGCUUGGCACCAAAGGGUGCAAAUCCCCGGGCUUUGGGGAGAUCGGGGCUUGCUGCAAGGCUUUGGGGAAACUGGGGCUUCCUGCAAGGCUUUGGGGAGAUCAGGGUUUUCUGCAAGGCUUUGGGGAGAUCGGGGCUUGCUGCAAGGCUUGCUGCUCUCCAGCAGCCGGGCAGCCUCUCCCGGCCUCGGCCGGUGCAGGGCACAGGGUCCCCGUCGCCCAGCCCUUGGCUCCAGCAGCACUGAGGUCCUGAUCUUUGGCAGCAUUUGGUUUUACCCCGGGUCUUUGGGACAAAUCCCUGCAUUUUGCCUCUCCCCGCUCCCCUGCGGUCGGAGCCCGGCUCUCGCUGCGCCGUGGCGGCCAGGCCGAGCCGUCCUGGCUGCCGGAGCAGGUUUCUGCCGCCGUCGGAGGGUCCCGUCCCGCGGGAUGGGCACGCGGGGCGUCCCAGCGCCUGGCUCGGUGCCCUCAGACCCGGGGCUCUCCCUGGAGCCGGCUGCGAGCGGAGCCGGCGCCGCGGGGCCGGGCAGGUGCGAGAGCCAAACUCUGAGCGGUCAGAAACUCCCUCUGGAAAUACCCCGGCGGGGCGGGAGGCCCCCGGCCGCGCUCGGGGCGGGUCUUGCGGGGCUUUAAGAAGGGCCGAGGACGGGGCUGGCGGCCAGAGACGCCCCGGCUGUCGCCUUCCCGGCCGCGAGGACGCGGGGAAGGAAGGAGGGACGGGAAACCCGCCGCUGCUGCCGCCCGCGCCGGAGGAGACGCUGCUGCGGGCGAUGGAGCCGGUGCUGCUCGUGCUCCUCGGCUCGCUCUGGGGCUGCAGCGGGCGCCCGGCCAACAAGCUGACGGUGGUGCCGGCGGAGCCGGUGGUGCCGUACGGCGGCUCGGCCCAGCUGAACUGCUCCCUGGCCUGCGCCGAGGGCACGGUGCAGUGGCGGGGGCUGGACACCAACCUGGGCACCGUCGUCUCCUCCGCCGGCCACAGCGUCCUGCGCCUGAGCAACACCGCGGUGGCCGCCGAGGGCACCAAGAUCUGCCAGGGCACCUGCGGCGGGCGGCACUACCAGCACGCCGUCGACCUCAAGGUCUACUCCCUGCCGGACACGCUGCAGCUGGCGGCGCAGCCGGCGGUGCUGGUGCCGGGGCGGCCGGCGGCCCUGCGCUGCGCGGCGCGGCGCGUCUACCCGCUGGCGGGGCUGGCGCUCGCCUGGUACCGCGGGGAGCGGCUGCUGCAGCGGGCGCCCUUCGACGCGGAGGAGACCGAGGAGGAGCUCUUCGACGUGGCCGCCACGCUGCCGCUGGCGGGGCGCGACGUGGUCGUCGGCGCGGAGUUCCGCUGCGAGGUGACGCUGACCGUCCGGCGGGAAACCUUCACCCGGGCGGCGGCCCUGGCCGUGAGCGACGCCGCGGUGACGGAGCAGCCCGCGGCCGCGGCCACCGUCCCGCAGACGCCCCCGACCGCCCCGGCUCCGACGGGGACCCCCGGCACGGCCGCGUCCGAGGCCGCUGCGACUCUGCCGCCCACGCAGAGCCCCCCGGCCCGCGACGCCACCGCGGCCCCGACCGAGCCCUCGCAGGAACCCGCCGCCGAGGCCGCCUCGGACCGGGCUGCGGCCGCCGAAACCCCCUCCCCGGAGAGCCCUGCUCCGCGGGACGACGACGCGGAUGCUCCCACGGCACCUCCAGCCACCGGCACGGUGCCCGGCUCCGGCACGGCGAGCCCCACGGCCGGGAGCACGGCCCGGGCGCAGGGACCCGCCGCGGACGGGGCCGGGCGCCGCCGGGGCUCCCCCACCGCGGGGCCGGCUGCCGGCACGGCGCCCGGCUGCAGCCUGCGCAUCUGGUCGCUGCCGCCCAACGGGACGCGGGGCCGGGCCCUGCGCAUCGAGUGCCGGGCGCAGUGCGGCGCCAACGCCACCGUCCGCUGGCUGCGCACGCCCGUGGCCCUCUCGCAGUACCGGGAGGAGGCGGCGGGCAGCGGCUCCGCCCUGAGCCUGGACCGCGCGGAGCUGCGGCACCAGGGCCGCUACCAGUGCGCCGUGCUCAGCCGCCGGGCGCCGGUGGCCAGCCUGCAGCUGGCCGUGUCCGCCGAUACGGUCAGCACCGACCCUGCCAUACCCGUGGGGACGACGGUCUCGCUUUUGGGACUGAUAGUGACCGCAGUCACAUCCCAUCGCCUGUGGAAACGGUUCAAAUCACAGUACGAUCUGUCCUAGGAGUGGGCCCUGCCUGCAGGCGCCGCAGCCCUCAGGGCCAGUCCCGAGCACCAGCCCUUCCGCUGCCGGACUCGCUGGGCCCCCGGGGAGCUGCACCUCCGACGGCGCCCGGCUCGCGGCAGAGGGCUGCAGGAGCUGCGGGGUGAGGGCUGCUGCGAUGAGACCCGAGAGAAGAGCAGAAGCAUCCGCGAUGCUGGACAGGCCACAGGUGUGCUGGCCCCAUCGCAGCUCUCAGGCUGCGUCAUUUCGCGGAGGUGGCCGUGCCCCGCGCAGGGCAGCUCUGCCCCUCCGGAGGGGCCCCUGGGGCUCCGUCGCACGCGGCCGCCCCGACAGCCAGAGACCGACGGCAAGUCCCCUCCGUCACAACAGAUGUGUCGGGACACUGCUGUGGGAGGUGCGGUGGGUAAAACUGGCUGUGCAAAUGAUCUGUGCAUUUAAUAUUGAGUGAAGAGGCCGGUCCAUGGCAUAGAGAGUCUGUGGUACGGGAGGGCAUCUUUUCUAAUAAAGGUUUUUGUGAUGUUUUUUUCUA